UUACCAGUAAGGAUGAAAGAACCCUAACAGGACCGGCACAGUCUCUGACCAGUCUGUUUCUUGUCGUAAUAACCGCAAGUUAUGUAUUCUUUGCUUCUGUAACUGAAAUUUAAAGUAUUUGAAAAUAAACCAUACGCUUCCACAGAAUGCGACGAUCCAUGUUACGAUUAUCAUCCUUGCGAUGUCACCCAAACGGAACGUGAACAGAACAGUCGGCAUUUUGAUAUGCCCAUAUUUUACAUCAAUAGCACAGUCACAUGCUCAAGGCGAGCUUAGGGGAAAAAAAGCCUGCAUGCAUUGGAUUCAAUAAGCUUUUUUCCCUAUCCAUAAAUGGCCACCAAGUAUAAUCUGAAAAAUCCUGCCGUAAAGCGGAUUAUGCAGGAAGCCCGAGAACUGGCUAUGGAAGAAUGCUAUGAAUACGAAGCCCGACCGAUCGAGAGCAAUAUUUUUGAAUGGCAUUUCACUGUUCGAGGGCCCGAUGGCACUGAAUUUAGCGGUGGCAAAUAUCACGGCCGUAUACUGUUGCCGGCAGAAUAUCCCUUCAAACCGCCGGAGUUGAUUUUUUUGACGCCAAAUGGACGCUUUGAGCUGAAAUCAAAGAUCUGUCUGAGUAUCACCGGCUUUCACCCCGAAUACUGGCAGCCUGCUUGGGGCAUUCGAACUGUAAUAUUGGCUGUCAUGGGAUUCUUUCCAACCGAGGCUCGAGGUGCCAUUGGCGGACUCGAUUAUUCAAAGGAGGAACGUCGAUCACUCGCCAAAAGGUCGAGAUCAUGGAUAUGCCCUGACUGUCAAAUGAGCAACGAUCAGCUACUCACUGAUACCGUCCAACCAUCAUCCUCUCGUCCGAGAGACGAGGAUCCUGAUUUACCAGCAUUUUCAUUCGUCUUGAAGCGUGAUCAGGAUGACGCCAAUGGAAAUGAAAGUACACACCAAACAAUACGAGAUACCAAGGAUCAUGAUACAGACCAGUCGCAUAAUGCAACCAGUACAAACGAACGUCAUCUGAAACCCAGCACGUCAACGGCGGCUCGCCAUGGUGCUACCGCAAGUCAUAGCGCGACAACGUCGCCACAACGACCCCCGAUCUGGUUAGAUGGACUUAUCGUCAUGUUACUUAUAUUACUCUUGGGUCUAAUAAUAGAACGCUACAUUUAUUGAAAUAAAAUGCAACCAUCAGAAGACGCAGAUCAAUAAAGAGGUCAUGCGAUGGCAAACGGUA